GGGCUUUACGUCGGAUUGCUGAAUACCACUGCUGACAGGUGUUGCUACGAUACCCUCCACAGUGGAGGAGCUCAGACCCCAAGAAGCUGGUGUCUAGCUGCGACCCAAAGCAACGAUGGGCAAUCCGGUAUUCAGGAGACCUUUCUGCCAUCUCUCCACCUACAGCCUGAUUUGGGGCAUGGCAGCGGUAGCGCUGGGCACAGCUCAAGUGGAAGUGGUGACGCAGGAUGAGAGAAAGCUGCUGCACACACCUGCAUCCUUAAGAUGUUCUCUGAAAUUCUCCCAGGAACCCUUGAUUGUGACAUGGCAGAAAAAGAAAGCUGUGAGCCCAGAAAACAUGGUCACUUACAGCAAAGCCCAUGGAGUUGUAGUCCAGCCUGCAUACAAAGACAGGGUAAACAUCACUGAGCUGGGACUCUGGAACACAAGCAUCACCUUCUGGAAUACAACCCUGGACGAUGAGGGCUGCUACAUGUGUCUCUUCAAUACUUUUGUUUCUGGGAAGCUCUCAGGGACAGCCUGCCUCACCCUCUAUGUACAGCCCAUAGUAUUCCUUCACUACAGCUAUUUUGAAGACCACCUAAACAUCACUUGCUCUGCGACUGCCCGCCCAGCCCCUGCCAUUGCCUGGAAGGGCACUGGGACAGGAAUUGAGAAUAGUACUGAGAGUCAUUUCCACCCAAAUGGGACUACGUCUGUCACCAGCAUUCUCCGGGUCAAAGACCCCAAGAAUCAGAUUGGGAAGGAGGUGAUCUGCCAGGUUUUACACCUGGGCACUGUGAUUGACUACAAGCAGACUUUGGACAAAGGAUUUUGGUUUUCAGUUCCACUGUUGCUAAGCAUCGUUUCUCUGGUGAUUCUUCUGGUCUUGAUCUCAAUCUUAUUAUACUGGAAACGUCACCGAAAUCAGGAGCGAGGUGAGUCGUCACAAGGGAUGCAAAGGAUGAAAUAAGAACCCUAGAGAAUUAUCCAGAACCCUGACAGUUUUUCCCUGGUCUACUUGAAUCUGAUGUGAAAGGAAAGCAGGAGGGGAAGGUCGUUCUUCAUGGGACCUAAAAAGAGCAAAAGACGCAGAAGCAAGCAUGUGAGGGAUUUGACUUUUGGCUGUCAUCCUGGGUCCUCAGUGUUUGCAUUCCAAGAGGAAGUCGUGUGCCUCAGGUCUGUUGUAGGACUUGAUUUCGUCGAACAAUGCAGUGUCGUGCUGUUAGAAAUGCACCAAGCUUAGAAUCACAAGUGCCAAGCUGGCUCUCAGGCUGACUUGGGCUCCCACCAGAGGGGGGGAAAAAACCCUUGUAGUAUAUUUACCUCACAGAGCUUCCUCGUCCUCAUACAGCUUAGAAAGGAGUGGGACCAGAUAAUUUGCCACGUAGUCUGAAACCUGAUGGAAUUCUAGAAAGAAAGAUGAAGAAUAAGCAAAGGAAGAAGCAAAGAGAAAAAAUAACACAGAAGGGUCCAAAGAACUUCUGAGACUACCUUUUGCCUUUCUGUUGGUGUCCUAGCUCUGCUUUUGUUCGGAGGUCCACGGUGUGUUUCCCUGUCGUUUGAGUAUCUAGUCUACUACCUGCUACGAUUCUGCUAAGUGUUGGCCUUGCUAGACUCCUUGACCCCCCUGCUGCUCUCCACGUCUUUCUAUGAGGGUAACGAUGAUGAAAAUAGGACAGAAUUUAGUGUGAAGUAGCAUUGGCAACCGUAAUGUGUCUGUUUAACUUAUUUUUAUAGCACGUAUUCAGUAUUGUUAGUCUUAGCCAGUAGUUCACAUCUUUACAAAAGCAUGCUUUCCCUGUCCAUUUGGCCCACACUAUCACCCUCUUUUAGGCCAUCCCAAAUCCUGCCCCGUGUAAUAACAAUAGAUUAUGAAAAGAGAUGUGUAACAAUUCCCUGUAUAGCAGCCAGGUGUAUAUGCUCUCUCUAUCUCUCUCCCUUAGCUUCUUUUUCUGUAACUUGACUUUUCACAAAGAGAAGGCAGUUCUGAAAACACAAUCCCUUCAUUCUAAAGGCAUCCUGAGCCAUCCAUUCUCAACCCUUUGACACGACUAGUGAAGUUGUUUUCUGUAUCUUUUGCUUCGUCUGUCUCUUUGCAGUGACCUGGGAGUUCAAGUGUAAGCUGUUUUCAUUGUUGAACUGGAUAUUUAUAUACUUGGUAUGCUUUUUAUGUGUUAUUUAAUUCUGUAUUAUUUCUUAUAUUUGUAUUAAAAUACUGAGUGAUUAAAAGUGUCAACUAAAUGCA